UGCAAUUCUAUUACCCACAACCAUUCGGGAACUCAGGGCCCCCUGACCCCACUCUUUCGCCCUCACAGAGCCAGGGCAAGAACCCAGGAGUCCCAGCUCCCAGCCCCGCCCCCAGCUCUAGCCCACCAGACCCCACUCCCCUCACAGAGCCAGGGCAAGAACCCAGGAGUCCCAGCUACCACUCUGACAUUUUGCAGCACUGACACACAAGAGGGGACCAUGCAGAAACCUCCACACUCGCCUCCCUGGUGCCUGGCCCCCGAGGAGCUGCCCGAUCCCUGCUGCGGUGCCCAGAUUGGCUCCUCACUGGCUGAGGCUGAGGAUUUAGGCUCAACCUUUCCUCCCGCGCCCAGCCCAGGCAGCCAGGGCUGUCCCCACCUGCCUGGGUGUGGUCUGGGCCCUGCCCUACUUAACCAGCUGAGCCAGGGGAGGGCUGAGCUGUGCUGCCUGUGCCUAGCUGCUCUGCCCUGGGGACCUGCCGCCCAGUCUCAGAUCCAGGAUGCAGCCAGUCACCACUGGCCUCCUGCUGCUCUUGGCAGCGGCGUUUCCUGUCCUGAAAGCUGAACACCCUAUGGGUGAGUUCACCCUCUGCUCUCCUGCUGCCAGCAUGGUCCCGAGCUG